ACACCACCUCAAAAAGAGAGGGCCAACAUUGUCUGGAACAGAAACACAACACACACACACACACCCUAGCCCCCUAAUCCCCACCCAUAAGACCCACCCCAACCACCACCAUGGCUGAUCACCAAAACUCGGACCCAGGAGGAAAACCUGAAACUAACCUGCUGCCAAUAAUCACCCAAACGGACAUGGAAAUGGAAGAUGAAAUCUGCUGGCACAAAGAAGAACUCAAGGAACAAGACUGCGCUUGCAUCGAUAAUGUCUCCGAAGUGAUGAAAGACACACUCAAAAGACUUGCACUCCUCAGGUUGGUAGCAAACCUAGACACUGAGAAUAAUAGCCCCAAUGCCACUGAGUCCAAACCUGAUAACCUCGCUGCGAUAAGCGCCAAGCUCACAGAACUGACACAAAGAAUCAAUACACUAGAAUCAGGACAGAACGUGCAAGACACCUCCACGCUAGACCCAGUCACCAUAGCCACCCCCAUGGCAACCCCCAGAGCCACCUGGGCGAAUGUAGCAGCGAAGUCCCCCCCACUGCCCAAAACCAGCUCAACUCCAACAAAAGACCAGGACACCACAGCACCAGACACAACAGGCCCCGCUGCAACAACGGACCCGAGGUGCCUCAUCAUCCAGAAGAUCAAUGACCUGCUGGAAAAGAAGAACAUUCCACACUACCUCAGAGUGAUGGCAAUUGGCUACUCCAUCGCCGGCAACAUCAAGGUCACCACCGCCCCCACCUGCAAAGCAUCAGACCUCAUUGCCUUCAGUCACAAAAUAGCGGCCACCAUCACUCAGAAUGAAGUCAUCUCAGUACUACCAGACUUGGAGCACUACCGCAUUAAAAUCAACAAAAUCCCCACAUACGGCAACAAUGAACUGAUUACACCUGGAAUGGUACACGAGGAACUAGCCACCUAUGUACCACAAUACAAAAGCCUCAGAUACUGGAGACUGCCAAAAUGGCUCGGUACAGAUGAGACCAUUUGCACUAAGAAUUUCGUGUCCAUCAUCAUUGACCUGUCUAAUAAAAAAGAUAGGGACACACUGCUAAGCCUAAAAACGGUCUACCUAUUCAACACGAAAUGCUCGAUCACCCCAUAUGAGGACCGGAUCCAGAUUCAUGCAUGCAGCAAAU